AGAGAUGAGGACUCGUUCAUUUCAGCAAACGCUAGCUGUACUAUCGCUGGGCCUCUUGUUAGCGGAAGGAAAGGCUCCACAACAUUGUUCCUGCGGUUUCGCUUUUGUUGUUAGGUAACCACAGCCAGCAUCACACGGCUGAUAAAACUGACAGAAUCCGUCAAGCCUAAAGCCAAACGCUGUGGUACAGUUUGCCGUACCGCGUUUUACUCGCGCGGCCAGCAUUCCUAGUAUACGAGCCAUCAUUCUCGGAAGUGUGCGCUAAAGAAGCCUGGCGGUCGCCAUGCUUCCCACUCUCAACGCGUCCUGGCACAUCCCGCGAAACUCCGCCAUCCCCCCUGCCAGUUUUACAAGUUCGGUGUUUGAUUGGAGGGCAGCAGGCAAGCACAGCAUUGCAUAAGCGCAACGGUGUUUCGGGGAGUUGCGUGGAGCACAGGCGAGCACAGCCGGGCCAUGCAGUGACAGGCUUCACUUGACGGCUGGACCGGGAACGCGCCUGGCUGGCGGUUCUGACUUUUUUUUCCUCCCCGAGUUAAGUUAGGCGAGUCGGCGGAGCUUCCCACCCUCCGCACAAAGCGACGCGACUGUUUCAAGGACGAGAGCCCAUUUUGGGCUUAGUCUGUAUACCUUCAACCUCAGAUGUUAUAGACUCACGAGGAAGCACCCUACUUCUGUUCCCCAGCUCCUGCAUGCGAGGACCAUCCCAUACCGGAAUCCCACGUGCUCACGUUCGGCGCCGUCCUGGUCCAAUCCUGGAUGCUCACCUGUGUCAGGUACCACCAGACCAGGUGUACACACAGCACGGCACCGUGCUGCAUGCAUUUUGUACAUGACGGCGGGGCUUGAGGUCGUGCGAGCUGGGAAGGAAGAGGAGGUAACGGCCUGGCGCCGUGGAGUGACCGACAUCAACGUCACAACGUGCACCACGCAUCGCCGGGUGCACAAGGAGAACCUUCGUUCGCGUCUCAUGCCCAUCUGCCGGUUUGAGCCUAGCUCGUGACCGGCAGAGUAGGAACUGGCCGUGCCACGGGGAUGGUGGUUGGUUCGUGCCAUGCCGCGCGAUGAGGCUGCCGCCCGGCUACAAGGGCGCAGCGCCGGCCUUGCCCGGCGCUGCUUUUUGUCCGUUACUCUGGAGGAGGAGAGCGCGGCGGCGCCCGAGAAGCGGUGCCGGCGCGCAGGUUGAGACCUACCGGUUUCUGAUUUGCAGUAUUUGCUGGCUAGCAUAGCGUGGCACUGUGUGUGGGGCAGUUUUGUUUGAUUCCUGCUAUUUGGUUUGUUGCCUGCUGCCCAACUUGACAGCGGGACGCGGCGGACACAUGGCGGGCGGUGCCUGUACGAACGGACCCCGCUAUGCCCGGGAGAUUAGGUAGCUUUGAAACCUUUGGCCUCAACCUGGCGUGGCGGCACAGCCACGGGAGAGCCAUGUUUCUUGUCUGAUACCUGAGACCAAAACGUAUUUUGCAGAU